GAAAGGGCCCCCUACAGCCCGCCGCCUGACCCUCCCUGGACUGAGGACCAGGAAGGAAUUGACACUGUGGAUGGCAAAGGGAGGCCCUCUCCACCCACUUGGCCUUGGCUGACUUCUGCCUUCCCUGUAUCCCUCUUCCUUUCAUCAAAUUCAGCUGAUAUUUGAGGUCACCUAAUAGAUACCACACAGGUACCGUGGGUGAACAUAGAUGCACAGGUGACACAGAGCUAUCCAGAGGCCCUGGCGUCAGACUCCAGCACACUGUAGCCUCCCUAGGGAAGCAGCAGUAUCACAGAGAUGGUCAAAUACAAGCAAGGAGUAUCAGGGAGAAAGGAGAGGAAGACUGAGCUGGGAGGAUUCCUCCUGCCUCUGACAGAUUCCAACAGAGAUUCUCAAACGCUGCUUCCCCCUGGUGGCCACCCAUGGCCCUGCAACUCAGAGACCACGUGAUUUCAGGGAAACAGACCUCCCUGAAGGAGAACUGAAACAGGGUGGGGACUGUAAAAACAGGGCGGAGUUAUCAGGAAGCUGCCUAGCCAAGAGCUGAGCUGAGGUCAGUCGAGUCCUGGGACAGCCUGCACAGCAGCUCAGGAUGGCAUCAGGCAAGGCACGCUGUACCCGAAAACUCCGGAACUGGGUGGUGGAGCAAGUGGAGAGCGGGCAGUUCCCAGGGGUGUGCUGGGAAGAUGAAGCUAAGACCAUGUUCCGGAUUCCCUGGAAGCAUGCAGGCAAGCAGGACUUCCGGGAGGACCAGGAUGCUGCCUUCUUCAAGGCCUGGGCGAUAUUUAAGGGAAAGUACAAAGAGGGGGACACAGAAGGCCCCGCUAUCUGGAAGACUCGUCUGCGCUGUGCUCUCAACAAGAGUCUCGAAUUUGAGGAGGUUCCUGAGAAUGGUCAUAGGGAUGGGGCUGAGCCCUACAAGGUGUAUCGGCUGCUUCCUCCAGGUACCGUCCCUGCCCCACCAGGCACCCAGAAACUACCACCAAAGAGACAUCAUAGCUCCGUGUCCCCUGAGAGGGAGGAGAAUGCGGGUACUACAAAGAACUGUAUACUUAGUCCCUCCUUGCUCCAGGACCCCCUCAAAAAUGAGGAGGUGGGGGCCAAUGGGGGAACAAGCCAUUCAGACUUUGGGAGCAGCAGCAGCAGCAGCAGCAGCAACAGCCCUGAACCUCAGGAAGGUACAGACACAACUGAGGCCCCUUUCCAAGGAGAUCAGGUGUCUCCGGAGCUUCUGCCCCCUCCAGACUCAGACUACUCGCUGCUGCUUACCUUCAUCUACAACGGGCGCGUGGUGGAUGAGGUCCAGGUGCAGAGCCUGGACUGCCGCCUUGUGGCUGAGCCCUCAAGCUCUCAGUACGACGGCAUGGAGCAGGUGGUAUUUCCCAAGCCUGGCCCGCAAGAGCCCACCCAGCGCCUGCUGAGCCAGCUUGAGAAAGGUGUCCUGGUGGCCAGCAACUCCCGAGGCCUCUUCGUGGAGCGCCUUUGCCCCAUUCCCAUCUCCUGGAGCGCACCCCAGGCCCCGCCUGGUCCAGGCCCACACCUGCUGCCCAGCAAUAAGUGUGUGGAGCUCUUCAGAACCACUUACUUCUGCAGAGACUUGGCCAGGUACUUCCAGGGCCUGGGCCCCCCACCCAAGUUCCAGGUGACACUGAAUUUCUGGGAGGAGAGCCCUAGCCCCAGCCACACCCUACAGAGUCUUAUCACAGUGCAGAUGGAGCAGGCCUUUGCCCGACAUUUACUGAAGGAGACUCCAGAGGACCAGGCAGCCACUCUGUCCCUGGUGCAGAGCCUGGGGGACCCACCUUCCUCCUCUCCACUCUGUUCCUCCUAUUUCCUUUGACCUGCCUCCCUUGGUGAUAAUUCUUAGUGGUUGUCUGUGAUGGUUAUGUUUUUGAACUGCUCACGAUGUCUGGCUGGUGGAGAACUCAAGCAUGAUUUUUAUCUGGUUUCUUUUUGUUGUUGUUUUGUUUUUUGUUUGUUUGUUUCUUAAGUUUCUGAGUUAGACCCUCUUUUAUCUCUGAGGAACUGAAAUGAGAAAGUCCAAGUGAUGUGAACUCAGAGGGACCAUUUCCUCUUCCCCGAACCCUAAAGCCAAGCACUUUAUAUUUUCUUCUUAGACCUUCACUAAUAGUUUAAAAUAAAAUUUUUUUGAAAAAGGAA